UUCGUGUAUAUUCGAUUGAGAAAUCAAUAAUGAAAAAAAAUAUUGUGCCAAUAUUCGCCGUUUCCUCCAGCCAUACCUGAGUACAAUAAUAGAUUUGGCUGGAACCUACAACCUGAUUAAAUAAAUAGUAUUGUCUAUCUCUGAGUGCACCGUCUAAGUGGCAGCCAAUUAUAUCUUAAUUCGUCCCAAGCGAAGAAGCAUGGAAGGCCAACAAUUUUGUUUACGGUGGCAUAAUUUUCAAAAUACCCUGUUAAGUUCUUUACCAAAAUUGUUGGAUGGCGGACACUUAACAGAUGUUACUUUAAGCGCAGGAGGAAGACACAUUCAUGCUCACAAAAUAAUACUUUCAGCAUGUAGUUAUUAUUUUAAAGAAUUGUUUAAGGACUUAAGCUCUUUACAGCAUCCAGUCAUCGUAUUACCAGGCAUGGAAUAUGGAAAUUUGUGUGCGUUAGUUACAUUUAUGUACAGUGGAGAAGUUAAUAUUUAUCAAGAACAAUUACCUGCACUUUUAGCUAUGGCUAAUACCUUACAUAUUCGCGGCUUAGCUGAUAUUGGUGGGAAAAAUCCAAAACACGACAACGGCUUACGUGUUCAAUCUCCUAUAACGACUCCUCAAUCUCAAGUAAACGCUGUGGCAGAAGAAACAUUAAAGAAAGAAACUAAAGAGUGCAGCAUUGGAGGAACAGAAUCAAUAGAAACGCUAUCGAUACCCGAAGUCGCACCUAAUUUAGAAGAAGAAUCUUACAAUGAACAAGAAAGUAUUCCAUAUUAUGUUAAGACUACACCAUAUUAUUCGAUAAAUGCAAGAUUAAAUCAAAGAGAAAAGGUACCUAGUCUUAUUAAUACGUCAUCCAACAAGUAUAUCGAGAAAGUAUAUCCAGAUAAUACGAUGGAUGAAACAGCUUCAGUUUCGGAAGAUGCAAAUACUACGCAAACGGAUGUAAAACCGCCUAUUUGGGAUUCUAACUUUAAGUUCCUUGGCUCAUCCGUAUCUAAUAAAACUUCACACAUUUACAAUAAGUCUAGUGUUACAUGUCACGUUUGUGGUAAACAAUUAAGUAAUCAAUACAAUUUACGAGUGCAUAUGGAAACUCACAGUAACAGCUCGUAUAGUUGCACAGCAUGCUCACAUGUAUCACGGUCACGGGAUGCUUUAAGGAAACACAUUUCGUAUAGACAUCCAGUGGCUACACCUCAAAAACGUCCACGGUAUAAUACUUCUAAACAAUAGAUCAGAGACACCAAACAACAUACAUUUUCAUGUAUGAAUUACAAUUCGUCCUUCCAUUUACGCAGAGUUUUUCCGUUAUACUUGGAAAAGAAAAUGACUUUGUUGGUGUACAUAAGAAAAGAAAAUAUUAGAAAGAAAAGUUGUAUUAGAAAUACAUAUUUAUUUUUCACGUAAGUUAAAAAAAAAAAAAAAAAAUAAUAAUCAAUAUUUUCUUCUUAAUUAGAUCACAAAUUCAUUAUUCUCGUCGCUUGAAAAAUACUUUAAAGUUUGACUUUAAUUUUAUUAUUACUUUUGAAAAAUUCGAGAAAAAUAUAUUUUCUUGCCACGUAAAUUCGGAUCAUGUAAAUGGAGGGACGACGGAUGUAUUUGUAAGUAUAGGCCAAUUUGAGAAUAUUUUAUUAGUAAUAUUUUGGAAAUAAAAUGAUCCAUUAUUAUCAUUUCGUAGAUAAUCUGCUUUGAGUUAAUGAAAGACAUUAAAUGUAUAAAUAUAUAUAAAUAAUCUAGUUUUCUUCUCGUUAUAUAUCUGUAUAAUUCUACAGAUAAAAGAUUAAACGUGUUUAGGUUUAUACAGAUUUAUCUCCCGUUUUUAAAUUGUUAUUGUUGCCUUGUUACCAUUACCAUUUUAAUAAAGGAGAAAAUUAUUGAAUUCAUUUCAAUGCUUCUUUUUCUUCUUUAUGAAAUUCAAACUUGUUUAGAAAUUGUACAAAGCUUAUUAUAACAAAACGUUUACACUUACGCACAUAAAAGAAAAUCGUUGAGAGAGAUAAUAAUAUAUAAUAUUUUUAGGUAUAUAUUAUCAAUGAUAGUUGUAAGAAAAAAAGAAAAUUUUUUUCAUAAUAUAAUACUUGUAUAAGGAUUUUUUCAAGAAUAUAUAAAUGAAGAUUAAUUAUUUCGCUAAAUAAAAAUAAA